GUCCGCAGUUCUUUUCCCUCCGACGCACCGGUAGCCCCACCCCUUUAAGGAGACGGGGCGGGGCUACGCUUGCUGCAGAAACCUGCCCUUUAAGAGCGCCCAGCUUUCUUUCGCUGCUGCCACGGCAGCCGGUGCUGAAAGCCAGCUCCCAAUCGCCGCUACUGCCGGACGAGUCCCGGCUUCGCCUCGCCAUGGUGUCCUGGAUCAUCUCUCGGCUGGUGGUUCUGGUUUUUGGCACCCUGUACCCUGCCUAUUCUUCUUACAAAGCUGUGAAGACGAAAAAUGUGAAGGAAUAUGUUAAGUGGAUGAUGUACUGGAUUGUGUUUGCCUUCUUCACCACAGCAGAAACACUCACAGACAUCAUUCUGUCUUGGUUUCCCUUUUAUUUCGAGUUGAAAAUCGCAUUUGUGAUCUGGCUGCUCUCUCCUUACACGAAGGGCUCCAGCGUCCUGUACAGGAAGUUUGUUCACCCAACGCUCUCCAGUAAGGAGAAGGAAAUAGAUGAAUAUAUUAGCCAGGCCCGUGACAAGAGUUAUGAAACUAUGAUGCGUGUUGGCAAGCGAGGAUUAAAUUUGGCAGCAAAUGCAGCAGUUACAGCAGCUGCAAAGGGCCAGGGAGUUUUGUCUGAAAAGCUACGGAGUCUCAGCAUGCAAGACUUGACUUUGAUUCGAGAUGAUGACACAAUGCAUUUGCGAAGCCCCGAGUCACACAUACAUACGUCUGCUAAGGGCCAUCUUGAAACUAUUGAUGAUUCAGGUGCAUCUUAUUUUUCUUCAUCUGAGGACAUGGCUGUCUCUCAAAGACAUAAUGGAACACAGUCUGAUUCUAGAACUGAACCUUCUGAUGAUGAUACAGGAGACAAAGUUCCCAAACGAACCCAGAGCCUUAAAGCUCCUAAGAAGAUAAUAAAGACUGAGCCUCCACAGAAGGUUGUGAAAGCCCGUCCCAAGAAGAAAGCGACAGGCUCCACCAAUGCCAGCGAAUCGGCCUAAGGACUAUCCAGCUUAGAGUCUGUCCCAGAGCUCUUCUGCCACUAUGAGGGACGCUCUCCGAGGAAUGGGAGCUGAGGCCAUGUACAUAACAGCUACUGCUUUGUAGAGCUCAUUCCAAGGCGAGACGGUGAUUGAAAUUUGGCACCCAGAUCAGAGGAUGGCCAUCCUCAGGAAUUAUAUACUCCUCAUCUCUGUGAUGAAGAAUGCUAAUCUGUCUGUAUAUAGCCUGUUGUUUUGGGAUUCCCUCUCCAUGUGUAACCGUAGUAGAGAAACUCUUUGCUGGAAUAACUCUUUAAUUAGGGUUAGAGCCACUUUGGCAGAGAGGCUGGUAAAGAAAUUUGAAGUUGGUGCAAUUGAAAUUCUAAUUUGCAUGGGGAGCUCCCCGUAGCACUUCACUGGCUGUCAUGAUUUAGCUGCUAUGGGGAAUUGUUAGGAAGUGCCUGAAGUGAAGUGACUGGUACUGAAAACUAUCAUUCAAAGUUGUUUUGGCAAAAGAAAGAAGCAGAAGUGAUAGUUUGCUGUAAGUGCAACAUCUUCACUGUUGGUGAAAGUGGGAUUUGGCAAAGAUGUCCUUGGCAGGGGGUGGGCUGCAGAGGCUCAAGAGAAAGACUGAGAAUGAAAGUGGCUGGCUGUGCUACCAGUAUCUGGUGUCUCUUUCCAUGCAGCAGCCUCUUUUGCUUGGGUGGAAGUGUUGUAACUUUGCUUACACUAAGUAUUGAAAAGGGAAACUCUUUGCACAGAUGGUUUUUCCAGGUGGAGUAAAGAUGAAGAGACUAAGUGGACCGUGGUUAGAGCAGGACAUAUGGGAACACCUGAGCCCAGAUCACUCUCUCUCCAAAGAGUUAGAAUCCUGAAUAAUCACAGUCUAAUUAUCAAACCUUUGGGCCCCUACUUCAGAGUUGCCUUGAUAUUUUAGGUUUUAUAGAUCAGUCUGUUUUCUGUAAAAAUUGUUUCAAAGAAGUGGUUGUGUGGAAGAAGUUGGAGGACAGUAAGCUGGAUGAUACAUAGGUUCCUGCUGUGCUUUAUUUGUAGUCAGAAUAUAAAUUGGAGCUUGAUCAGUAUAUCUGGGCAAGUUGGCCAAAAUUAAUAAUGCUUUGAGUUUUUCUGAGUGGCAUUUUGUAGUAAGUGAUAGGGACAUUCCAAUUUAUUCUAACUGUAAACAGUUGAUUCAGCUACUCAGCUCUCAGGAACUACUACUUUCUACCAUCCAAAUCUUCCAUCACUCUCUACCCAUGCUAUUUACUUGGUAGAGGCAAUGCUAUUUGGUGUUUGAGGCCACCUAGUGUUGGGUGACCACCAGAAUUCAGAUUUUAUGUAGAAUUAUAAUAAAAUCAAUGAAAUAAUCCUUAAAA